CCCCUCGCCUCAGGGGCCGCGACGCGAGGGGGCCGGGGCGGGCUUGGCGGUUUUUUCCCCUCACAAGGGCAAAAUCCUGAGGGAAGUCACCACCUCCCCUACCUCCCCCGCCUCGCCUGGGGCAGUGUCUCCCCUCAGGAUGACACACACGUGGUAAAAUGCCGCCUUUUGGACCCAAGUAUGGCUCCUCACCACACUGAAGCUCCUGAUUCUAGCCCCCUGCCUUAUGCCUGCCUUGGGUGGGCACCCAUCAGGCAAAGGGCAGCCCCAGGGAGGUAAGGAGUGGGUUCAGGUGGAAAUACACAGCUGUGGAAAAGUCGGAACGAGUGGGAGCAUGAAGUUCGCAGCUGAGAACGUUUCCAGACAGGAGCGAUGUCUGAAAAGCCACCAGCACAGGGCAGUUAUAUUUUAGCUAAGGAAGCAUAGCAAGCAAUUCUACGCAACGCAGAUCCUCAAAUCUUAAACAAUAUAUCAUUACUUUUACACUCAUUUAGCAAUGGGAUGGAUUCAGAUCACUUCUUAAAAAGAUUUUAAGAAUCAAGACGUCACUGAGGAGCCCUGUAUUUUAUACAAAGAAAGAUCAGCUGCAUCUUGGGCACAGCGCAAAGUACUUCACUGUUUCUGUCGCUGUUUGUGGCCUGUUUGUCUGAGCCUUGCACAACGUGCUGCUUUUCCUGCCCUGGGAUCUCGAGGCAGUCGUAGUGGUGCCUCUUAUGAGUAGGUGGGAAGCAGCCAGCAGCAGGUCUUCUGAGCUUGGACUCCUGUAUUCAUCGUGAGCUUCUAACCUGAUGAAUCGAGUGCUCUGGGUAGAAAAGCAACUUGAGGAAGAAGAAUGCCAGCACGAAGAUGAAGUGAGCCGUUUCCCACGCUCGCCCCCGGGGACAGGGACCUGCUUCCUCGGCCAAGAUGAAGCCAAGGAGGAGCUUUGCGACGCGCCAGAGACGCGCUGACCGCUGCCCGAUUUAAAACCCAUGUCAGACCGUGUCCCGGCUGCCUGGCGAGAUGAAAGAAGUGGUGCUGUGGUCACCCCAGGAGGUGACGAAUUGGCUGACGGAAAAUGCCGUGCCGGAGUAUUGCGAGCCGCUGAAGAGCUUCACCGGGCGGGAUUUGAUCAACCUCACGGAGGAGGAUUUUAAGAAGACGCCCCUCUCCCGGGUGUCUUCGGACAGCGGCCAGCGGUUGUUGCACAUGAUUGAAACUUUAAAAAUGGCUCAUCACAUGGAGGUUCACAAAAACGGGCACGCCAAUGGGCACAUCCGCGUCGGCAACGCCAUGCGCGAGAAUGGCUUUAGCAGUAAAAUGAAGCUGAACGGGAUGCCAAAUGGGUAUAAGAAGGAGAUGAUAAAGAUCCCCAUGCCAGAGCCAGAGCGCUCACAGUAUCCUAUGGAAUGGGGCAAGACUUUCCUGGCUUUUAUUUAUGCACUUUUUUGUUUCAUCUUUACCACGGUGACUAUCUCGGUCGUUCACGAACGAGUGCCUCCCAAGGAGGUGCAGCCUCCCCUACCAGAUGCAUUUUUUGAUCGCUUUGAUCGGGUGGAAUGGGCUUUUUCUAUUUGUGAAAUCAACGGCAUGAUCCUUGUAGGACUGUGGUUUGUUCAGUGGCUGCUCUUAAAAUACAAGUCUAUCAUUAGCAGAAGAUUUUUCUGUAUAGUUGGCACACUAUACCUGUACCGGUGCAUUACAAUGUAUGUGACCACACUCCCAGUCCCUGGCAUGCAUUUCAAGUGUUCUCCAAAGCUUUUUGGAGACUGGGAAUCUCAUCUGCGAAGGAUAAUGAAGCUGCUUGCUGGCGGAGGAUUGUCCAUCACAGGAUCCCACCACAUGUGCGGCGACUACCUGUACAGCGGCCACACCGUCAUCUUAACACUUACAUACUUAUUUAUCAAAGAGUAUUCCCCACGGCGACUCUGGUGGUAUCACUGGCUUUGCUGGGCGUUCAGCAUGGUCGGGAUGUUCUGCAUCCUCCUUGCUCACGACCACUACACUGUGGAUGUGGUGGUGGCUUACUACAUCACUACAAGACUUUUCUGGUGGUAUCACACGAUGGCCAACCAGCAAGUGCUAAAAGAAGCUUCUCAAACAAACCUCCUCGCAAGGGUCUGGUGGUACAAGCCCUUCCAGUACUUUGAAAAGAAUGUGCAAGGAAUUGUACCUCGCUCGUACCACUGGCCCUUCCCCUGGCCGGCGCUGCAGCGGGGCCGGCAGGUCAAGUACAGCCGCCUGGUGAAUGACACGUAACACCGAGGCGCCGCACAGAACGGGGGGGAAAACGACCCGUCCCAAGUGCUACGAACUCCCUACGAGAAGAUGCCAUAAAAAACAUGAAUCAACUGCUCCCUAACCCUUUCUUUUAACAGUUCCCUUGACUUAAUUCAGUUACCUGGUAAGCACUGUGAUCUUUUUUUCUCUCCAAAGGAUCUGCGUUGGACAACAAUAAAGAAAACAACACAAAUUAACUUAUCACGCACUGUUAUACAUUUCUUGUCAAUAGAUUUGGGAUUUACAUUUACCCAUCACCGUGUUCCUUUGUAUAUGAUGCGACGGCAUAAAUGAAAGCUUUUAUAUCAUAAGUUCUGGUCUUUCCAGUCACGUCUGGGAAUAAAGCAUAUUAUUUUCUUGGGAAAACAUACUUUUCAUAUCUCUUGCCCCAAAGAUUGGGCUGUAAGCCAUUUUCUAGCAAAUGACUAUAUGAAGGUUUCUUAAAUACCUGCCUUGGGUACAAUGGAGAAAUCUUUCUACCUGUUGCACGGCGCUACGUAUAAGGUGAUAGACACAGGAAGGUUUGGUAAUCUUGAUUUUGUAGAGUCUGCAGUGACUGUGUCAAAAAGUGCAAAAAAACCCAACAAAAAAAGAGUUGUAAAGUGAUUUUCUAAGUAUUUCCUAACUUUAUUUUUCAAGAUGUGUAUGAAAAUUAAAUUUAAAAAGAUUUUUACAUGUCAGAGAAUAGAGAGUUUAAAGAAGAUGCUUCUUGGGAGAGAGAGAUUUGUCUAUGUUUCUAGUGCCUUUCUUGUCUUGAUUGUAUGGUCAGUAGGCAGUCUUAAAUGUUUUUAUUUAAAAUAAAGUAUUCCAUGAAAGCAGAAUUAUAUAUACUGUAUAAUUACUAAUUUUUGCAUUUAUAGCUAAAUUAAACUGGAAAUUUGCUUAUAAUGUUGAAAUCGCCAUGUGUAGGGGAAAAGUAUAUAAGAAGAUCUUGCUCACACAUUGUGGGCAGGUCCAACUAAAGGUAUCACUUUCUUGUCUACUUGGUAUUUUAAACAGAAAAACAGCCAUGAAUUCCUGUUUUUUAAGAAUUUUACAAAUGAUCACUGAGUGAACUGCGAAUGGUUUCUCCAUCCCGUCUUGAAAUGGUGUUGAGAAACAACAAAGAGAAUCUAUUUCUUUAAGAUAUUUGUGCAGAAACUGCAUGGAAUUCUAAGUUUCACUCCUACCAUACAUACUGUAUGUUUGGGGAAGUAUUCUAUCCUAAACUUGCCAAUGUGCAGAGCAAAAGAGUUUUUUUAAAGAAUGAAGAAGAGAAAAUAUAUAUAUAAAUAUAUAUAUAUCCAUUCUGUAUUUUACGUGAAGCAGAGUUAUCUUCUGUAGGGUUUUUGUGUAUUCACAAGGUGAUAUUUGUAUUGUAAAACAACAAUGGUGAAGGAAAAUAAAAAGGCUUUUGAAAAAUGUAGUUUCCUUUAUCUUUUUAAUAUUCAGUUGAAAUUUAAAGCUGGGUUUAUUCUUCCAAACCUUGCCUUUAAUUUGAUGUGUUAUUGCACUGUCGGCCAUCCAAUCUGGACUGUAUGGAAACUGCAUUGAUUUGGAAUUGCUGUUUGCGUUGGGCAAAUCCGUGCCUUAUCUAUGAACAAAUGCUAUGCAAUGGCUGCGGGGCGGGCGGGAGCGGGACCCGGGGAGGAGCCUCCUGGGAGCCACCCCAGGCCUUGAAAAAUCUACCCCAAAACCGCUGGGAUGCGGCGCCAAAACAUCCCCACCCAUGGGGCUGGAAAAGGUGACAUUGCUGUGAAGACGUGGUGCUGGAAGUGUCAUUUCUUUAGUAUUAUUAUUAUUACUAUUAUUAUUAUUUUGACAUGGUUUAUCUCUACUUCUCCGCCCUGCCCCAAUUUUUCCUUGAGGGAAAAUGGGGUGUUAUUUCUAGUGUUUUACGCAGGGCGCUCAACCCGAUGAACCCAUUUCUUACCAGUUUCCUCAGUGGGGGUUUCCUCGUGCCCCACACUUCUCAACAAAACCCUUUGUAACAGCCUUUGUGGAGCUCUCUGUGAAUUUUGGGGAUGAGCUCUGCCUGCUUUACCUUCAAUUCACAAUAUUAUUGUUGCAAUUGGCCAAAGUCUGUUUGUUCUGACGGCUUGAGAGAAUUCACGCUCCCAGACGUAAAUGAACGAGUAGAUUUUUCAAGACCUGGCAUCACGCACAUCAAAACCAUUGACAUAAGUAAAUGUAUGGAUAUAUGCACAUGACAUUAAAUGGAAUCUGCUGAA